ACAGAAGAAGACGAGCUAACGGUUGAAGGGUCUCACUGAGGUAAUCCUUUCUAUUUGAAAAGAUUUCUGACAGGACUAUAUAACAACAGAUUGGAUGGAUUUAAAAAUAAAGCUUGUUUUUGUAUAUAUUUGAGGAUGUUCACUGCAUUCUGCUUUAAACCCUGAGAAACACAACCCUUCAGACCUCCUAAUAAGACCUUAAAAUGGAGUCAGCAGACGUUUGGCCAUGUUGUUCAAGAAAGGCUCCAGACACUUCUGCUCCUGUUGGCUCACAGGUUUGCUGUAGUGUACGAACGGAAACUUGUACAGUGUCUGGGGGAGAGACAUCAGGUUCUGUGGGACAUGUCCCGGACCUUCAGAAAGAUAUAAAAAAGGAAGAACCUGAAUAUGAAGAGUACGUUUGUGAAACCACGACAGGCUCUGUGGGACACAUCACGCCUGUGUGUCAACACACACAUGUAAAAAAGGAAGAAGCUGAAGAAGAAGACUAUCUCUGUGAUGGAACAUCAAACUCUGUGGAAAACAUAGUCCAACUGAACGGAGGAUUUCAUGUAAAAGAGGAAGAGUCUGAGGAUGAAGACUACCUCCAUACAAUGGAAAUGAACACUGCCCAGUUAGAAGUCUUGUCCUGCUCCUGGUGUUCACUUUCUAGUACGUCCCAAAAUUACCUCCACAAACACAUCAGAAGAUGCCACUAUGAGGAAUAUGAGAAGUUAAAAUCAGGAGAGAUAAAAUAUGAGAAUCCGAUGCCCAUAAUAAGCACCAGUAUUCAGCAAACAGUCUCUGGUAAUACCUCUGAUCAGCGAAUGAAGAAAGAAGUCUAUCCCUGCUCAGAGUGUGGGAAGAGUUUUGCUGACCGGAGUAAUCUCAGACGACACCAGUACAUUCACACAGGGGUGAAGCCACAUCACUGCUCAUGGUGUGGAAAGUGUUUUAUUCAAAGGAGAGAUCUCAAAGAACACCAGGUCAUUCACACCAGAGAGAAGCCGUAUCACUGCUCACAGUGUGGGAAGAGUUUUUCACGACAGCGUGACCUCCAAAUACACCGACGCGUUCACACAGGAGAAAAGUUGUAUAACUGCUCAGAGUGUUCAAAAAGUUUUAAUCGACAGAGUAAUCUCAUACAACACCAGAUCAUUCACACCGGAGAGAAGCCGUAUCACUGCUCACAGUGUGGGAAGGGUUUUACUCGACAGAGUAAUCUCAUACAACACCAGGUCAUCCACACAGGAGAGAAGCCGUAUCAGUGCUCACAGUGUGGGAAGAGUUUUAUUCACCAAAGUUAUCUCCAACGACACCAGUGUGUUCACAUGGGAGACAAGCCGUAUCACUGCUCACAAUGUGAAAAGAGUUUUACUCGACAGAUUGAUGUCCAGCGACACCAGCGUAUCCACACAGGAGAAAAGCCAUAUCAGUGCUCACAGUGUGGGAAGAGCUUUACUCGACAGAGUACUCUUAAAUCACACUGGCGCAUUCACACAGGACAGAAGCCAUAUGACUGCUCGGAGUGUGGGAACAGUUUUACUCGACAUAGUGAUCUCCAGCGACACCAACGUGUUCACACAGGAGAGAAACCAUAUUGCUGCUUACAGUGUGGGAAGAGUUUUACUCGACAUAGUACGCUCGAAGCACACCAGAUCAUUCACACAGGACAGAAGUAUGGAGUUAAAAUCAUGCCAUUAGAAAUUUGAAUGUUAUUAAUGAAUUUUACACUGAUCACGUGUGACAAAUGGAUUAAAAUUUUGUCAAAUGCA